CUUACGUGGCGUUAUCAUCAUAGAGUAUACCUUUCGGUGACUUUUGGAAGCCGUCUUGGUUGUAUCUUCCAUCCUCAAUCAAAUUGACGCAAGAAGUGCAGAUAAUCGACGAUCAUAACCCUGAUAUUCGAUUCCCUUAGAGCAGAGAAAGAGCAGAUAUGGCUUAUGCUGUAGUAAUCUCUCUGAAACAGACUUUAGAGCCCCUUCUUGAUUCUGCUCGAUCCAGAAUUCAAUUUUCAGGCUCAGAGCUUCACCCGAUUUACAAAGACCUUUGUUACCUAACAUCAUUCUUUGAUAAAAUGACUUCUUUGGAAGACUGCAACAGCGUUGAGGAAAUGGAAAAGGAUAUCAAGGAAAUACUGCUUGGUGGUCAAGAUCUGAUCGAACACCACUUAUCAGAUGCAGUUCAUUCUGCUGGAGAUGCGAGUUGGACUAAUUCAGCUGGGUUUUCCCGAGAAUUGGGGGAACUCAAACAUAAACUCGCUCCCUUUAUCAAUUUGUUGAAGGCCAAGGAAAAUGAGCUCACACGAAACCAGCAACUGCCCACCGCCGAUGUUCCUGUUCCUGUUCCAGUUCCAGUUCCAUCAAAAAUGGACCAUGAGAUUGUGGGAUUGGAAGAUGAAAUACCAAUGCUGCAAGAACUGAUUUUGGGGGUAGAUCCCAAGCUUCAGGAAAUCUAUGUUGUUGGGAUGUUUGGCAUUGGUAAGACUACUCUUACCAAUCAGGUAUAUAACAGUCAUAUUAUUCAUGAAAGGUUCGAUAUACGCUUAUUUGUGACAGUAGGUGUAGAAAAUAAAUUGGAAGAAUUGCUGCUGCGUAUUCUUAGUCAAGUACAAACUGAGGUAAAGAAAGAAGAGACGGUUCUUGAAUUAGGGAACCGUCUCAGGGCAUCUUUAUCUCGUGGGACUUAUCUGGUUAUAUUAGAUGACUUACGGGAUAUGCGAGUCUGGGAUCAUCUCAGACCGUACUUUCCAGAUGAGGGAAACAGUAGCAGAAUCGUGUUCACUACUAGAAUGACUAACUUGGAUUGUGUUAGAAAAUAUAUUCACCAAAAGCGUUUAUUGGAUAGUAAGGAAAGCUGGGAGUUGUUUUGUAAGAUAGUAUUCGCUGACAUGGAGAUGUACAAUUGUCCUUCGGAACUUGAGGAAAUCGGCAAGACAAUUGCCAGAAACAUGGGAGGACUUCCAUUGGCACUUGUCGAGAUUGGUAAACUUGUGUCUAAGCUACAAACAAUGAUGGAACGUUGGGCGGCAUUUGCUCAAUAUUUGAAGUCACAUAUUCAGAAAACAGCCAUCCCAAAGGUUAUGAAUGAUGAAUUGCCUAACCAUUUAAAGGGAUGCUUUCUUCACUUGGGCUUACUCCAUCCAAACAAUGAUUUCCCUACUUAUGAACUCAUCAAAUUAUGGGUGGUUGAGGGAUUUAUCGAGCCUGCAGCAGAUCAAAGCUUGGAACAAAUAGCUGAGGAAUAUCUGGAGGACCUUGUUUCCAGAGGUCUUGUUAUAGUUCAUGAGCGGAGCUACACUGGUCGAAUCAAAACCUGUGGAAUAAUCCAUAACCUCAUUCAGGAAGUCUGUGUCGGUGAAGCUCGGCAGCAAAAACUAUUCCAUAUUGUAAACAAAGGAGCUACCACAAAAAACCAAAGGAGGCUGAGCAUCCAGAGUGAUGUUGUACUUGGAGAGGAUUCAGGUGCGCGCUCUCUUGUUUUUUUGAGCCCAGAGAAUCAACAUCCAUUGGCAGUGUUUAAGUUCAGUAGAUGGGCAAGGGUAGUCCAUGCACUUCACAUCAGAUUUAGCAAGUUCCCGGAUGAAGUACUUAAGCUAGUUCGGUUGAGGUACCUGGCCAUCACAUUUGACGGGGAGCUUCCAUCAUCAAUAUCCACACUCUGGAACCUUCAAGUCUUGAUUAUUUUUUCACUUCAGGCCACCUACUCCCCUGUCUUUCUGCCAGUAGAGAUAUGGGAAUUACAAAAACUGAGGCACCUACAUUGCUUGGGAUUCGACCUGCCAGUUCCUUCAACUGAUCUCUACCUCAGAAAUCUUCUCACGCUUUCAGGUGUGAGUUUUCGUACUUGUUGUGAUGGAGUUCUUGCGAGAAUCCCACACCUAAUCAAGUUAGGUGUCCGGUUUGAUCCAGGAGUCCACGGUCCUGAAAUAUCAUGUUCUGAUGCACUUUUUAACGAUCUUCAUCAGUUUGAGUCAUUCAAAUGUGCAGUAACGAACACAUCCAAAGUUGCAUUUUCCCUCGAAGGUUUCCCUUCUGGACUUACAAAGCUAACCUUAGGCAUAUGUGGUUUUAAGUGGGACGACCACACGACCAUCCUUUCUGAAUUACCAAAUCUUCAAGUACUUAAGUUGCGACGAAACUCCUUCUCAGGGCCUAAGUGGGAAUUACGCGAUGAUGUAUAUCGUUUUCUGAAAUUCCUGGUUUUGGAGGACUUGGAUAUAAAGGAGUGGAUAGCAGAGUCUGAACACUUCCCAGCUCUGCAACAGUUACUUAUUAGGCGAUGCUACUAUCUGCAAGAGAUCCCCGUUGAUAUGGGAGAAAUCACAACACUUAAAGUUAUAGAGGUGGAUGACUGCAACAAGUCCCUCCGUGAAUCAGCAAGACGCAUACAGGAGGAGCAAGAGGACAUUGGAAAUGUUGUUCUGCAAGUUCGGAUCCGUUCAUCAUCUAAUGGUAACACUUUUAAUGACUUAUUUUAUUUCUCUAAUUAUAUUUUUUUAAUAGAUGCCUUAAUGCCGUGGUUUCUUUUAAUCACAUACGGAGGGAGUAUUGUAGUUUUCUAAUUACAGUAUAUUUUUUUAAUAGAUGGUUAAGGUAUAGGUAAGAACCUUAAUCCCGUGGUUUCAAUGAAUUUCUUUUAAUCACUUAAUAUUAUAAUUCUUUUUUUAUAGAUGGUGAAGAGUCUGAAGACAAUCAGCUCUAAAUGAUUGAUAUAGUUGAAGAUCCCCAGUAUAAAUGCUGAAGAUGAAUUUAGUGUUUAAAUAUUUUAAAAUUUAUUAAUGAGAUAAAGCCAUAAAACUUUUGUUGAAUGAUUUGUAAUUAAUUUUAUGUUGUGUAAUCUUGGAUGUUUUUGUCCAAUGUUUUAGACUUUUGAAUUUUUUGCUUGAUGUGAUUUAUAUCUUUAAUUUUCAUGAA